CCCUAUAAAACCAACACUCUUCCAAAAACAAACCGCUACACUACGCAAUGACCAUAACAAAUCGUGAAUACAGUGACCUAAUCAAUUACUUCACAAUACGCAAUGUUACCGAUCACAUCAUAUCAUUGGCUUUGACAGUCAAUGAUUCCAGUGUCAUGAAUACAGCGGAUACAUCAAAGUUCAUAGUGCCCCCAGGCACCACUUUAAUGCUGGAACAGCCCUGGGAUAACUUGGACACAGCAGACAACAAUGGCAGCAGUACUUCCGCCACUUCUGCCAUAUUUCUCACAUACAAUGGAGAUAAUUCAUCAUUGCAAUUUCCCUCCAAUGACACAUUGGCCAAUCGUACUUUGUUUACGCCUCGCCGAACACGCAGCAAUACCGAAAUACCAUUUUGGCUAAUACCCUGCUACACCAUCAUCUUCUUCUUUGCCAUAGUGGGUAAUCUUUUGGUGGCGUCUACACUCUUCCAGAAUCGUCGUAUGCGUACCAUCACCAAUGUCUUUUUGGCCAAUUUGGCCAUAUCGGAUAUGCUCUUGGGUGUGCUGUGUAUGCCCAUAACAUUAGUUGGCACCUAUUUGAGGCAUUUCAUUUUCGGUGAAUUGGUGUGCAAAUUUAUACAAUUCGCCCAGGCUGCUUCCGUUGCUGUCUCAUCGUGGACCCUGGUGGCCAUAUCCUGUGAACGUUAUUACGCCAUAUGCCAUCCAUUGCGUUCGAGGACGUGGCAAACGAUAAAUCAUGCCUACAAGAUAAUUGGCUGCAUUUGGUUUGGCAGCAUUGUGUGCAUGGCCCCCAUAGCGAUUUUCAGUCAAUUGAUACCGACCAGCAGACAGGGCCUUCGCAAGUGCCGUGAACAAUGGCCCGAGCAGGCGGUGGGCUAUGAGAGAUCCUACAACAUUUUCCUGGACCUCAUACUGCUGGUGCUGCCACUGGGAAUACUGUGCAUAGCCUACAUUCUGAUAACGCGAACUUUAUAUCUGGGCAUUAAGGAUGAAAAGGCUCUCAUAUUCGGCAGUAAAAAUAAUAAUGUGGUCAGUGGUAGUGGCGGUGGCGGUGGCGGCUUGGGCAACACCCAUUCCACCGCCACUGUGGGCGAUGGCAAAGUCUACACCCAAGUGGCAUCUUCGGCGGAUAUGAAAACAACAAAUGUUUUUAAAUUGAACUUUUCCUUUCGCUAUCCCUCGCAGAGGGGUGGCCCAGCCAGCUCUCUGGGAGCCGCUAGCUCCGGCAAUAAUGGCGAUGGUAUGCUACAAAUUGUAAAGUCCACUUCCUCCAAUGGCAAUGGCAAUGGCAAGGAUAUCAAAUAUUUGGGCCCAGCGUCUGGGGAUUCAGCCACACACAUACACAGGAUAUCAAAUAAUGACACAAGGACUCGGCCGGCAUCUGUCGCAGAGGCGGCAGUUUGUAAAUCAACGAAGGAAUCCCAUAAUGAAAUUCAACAGCAGCAAUCACAUGAUAAACAACCACAAAAUCCAGCUACAGCUACAGCUUCAGCCCUAGCUCCAGCCUCCGUCUCCUCGUCAACGAUACAGCUGUGCUAUGAUGACAUCACCCAAAUGGCCCCUAAUACAGCUGCAUCCGAUGCGGCCACAAACAUAAUUAAUCCAUUGAACAACAGCAAACGCGCCAUUGUGGCCAAAACCGCAGAUGGGCGCCGCCAGCAGCUGUACUGCAUGCGUUCUGCCUCCUUUAAGUCCUUCAACCGCAGCAGUAGAACCAGUGCCGAUAGUGAGGAUACAACCUCCUCGUCAUGCCAUUCACUGAACGCAUUGUCCAACAAGUUCCAGAGGCAUUCAAAACUACAAUCGUCGAACCAGCAUUCAACAGUGGUGCGUCAAUCGCAAUACCACCAACAACAGCUGCAACAGUCGUCCAUUGAUGUACCUGAGAAGCGUAAAUUGAAUGCAUCACCAAGUUUACGCAUCACAGAAUCUGCAUUGAGAAGAUCUAAUCUUGAGAAGAAUUUGGAGAGCAAAAAACGCGUUGUGAAAAUGCUCUUUGUGCUUGUGCUGGAGUUUUUCAUCUGCUGGACACCACUCUAUGUCAUCAAUACGGUGGCCAUGUUUAUUGGUCCGGCCAUUUAUGAGUAUGUCGACUAUACCACGAUAAGUUUUUUCCAACUUCUGGCCUAUUCAUCGAGUUGUUGUAAUCCCAUAACCUAUUGCUUUAUGAAUGCCAGUUUUCGUCGGGCUUUUGUCGACACAUUCCGUGGUAUCCAUUUGAAUGGAGGCACUUUCUGGCAUAAAAGCUCCAAGACAGCGACGAAUCUAUCAAUGGCUGGAAAUUCAAUUGCCAUGGGCAAUAGCUGUACCGUGGUGACUGCCAACACAGUGCUGGAUAGUCCCCGACUUUGAGGUCCCAUGCUGGUAAUGACUAAUAAACCAAAUAAAAGAGCUUUGUUGACAUGUGAUGAGGAGACGUCAGUUUGUUAAUUGGAAUUGAAGUGAUUUUGUUGUUCAUAUUUCAUGGAGCAUUUGUGUUUUUUUUUUUUUGUUUUUCUGUAUUAGAAGCGAAAAUAAUUGAGUAAAUUGGGGUAAUAAUAACAGAAAAAGAAAAACGGGGGAAAGGCAAUCAAAAGCAGACAUGCAUGUCAUUAUUCAUAAAAAAUUUAUAUAUUCUUAUUGGAAUUUGUGUAGGCUAUUUAGUUAUAGCCCAUUUAGUUAAAGAGUCGCAUGAGUUUCAUAAAUGUAGCUCAAAUUUAAGUUAAGCAACACUCGAUAAUGUAUUUGAAUCUCUCAUCCUUUUUUUCAACAAAAAUGAGUUGGUGAGAUAUUUUUUUAAUAUUUCAUUUCAUUCAUAUUGGAGAUUUGAAGAUUCUAAGAAAAACCAUUAAGAACGGCUUUAGUACUACUGGGCAUGAUUUUGGGUACUUAUCACAUUUAAACAAACAUGGUGGUAGUUAAAAAAGAAGAUGGAAAUACGCAGAUAGAGAUGCACUCCAGUGUCAACAUUUCCCUGUGGCAUCUCGAAGUCAAGAUCUGAGGUCCAGGCAGAUGACCCAUCCGAAGUAAUGCUUUCUUAGCCUCUAGGCUAAGCGUUGUCCUUUUUCGUGAAAUACUCGGCCACAGGGCCCUCGCCACCGUGCAACUGACAUUACAAGCUCAAUUUUCUUAGUAGAGAGCUUCCACCCUACCAUACAACUCCCACAAGUGAAGGCUUACUGAUUUCGUAACACAAUGAGCGCUUAUAGAUCCAAUAUAUUCUUGCCAAUUCGUCGGCCGCUUUGUUCCCCAUCACAACAUUAUAUCCUUAGAACCAGUAACGCCUGACAGUUAUCGUAGAAAGCAUCCACCCUACCUUGAUAAUCAGCGAUUCAUUAAUGGCCAGUUCGUCAGCCGCCUUGUUCCUCAUCUCCUGAUGGUAUGGACACAGCAGAGCCUGACAGCUCGCGUGGCCCGAUGAUAGAGCCUUCCGCGCGCUCUCACUGUCCACACAAAUCGUGACAGUACGAUCGGUCCAGCUUCCGCAACUACAUAGUCUCCACUGCCAUCAAGACCUCGAAAACCUUCAGCUGAACUUGUUCAGCUUCUACACCAAAAGUUUGUAUUUUCCCUUAUUCCAAGCAAGAAUCCAGCUCGGUGCACUCAUCUAACUAAAAUCCAUUCGGAAAUGGCGGGGUACCCGCGGCCCAGAGACCUA